UCUCUCUCUCUCUCUUUCUCUUUCUCCCUAUUCAAUUCUCAUUAUUUCUCUUUAGUAACCAAGCUCCAAACAUUCCUAUAAAUAUAUGAUAACUCUACAUUUGUCAUUUACCUCACCUCAAAUAUCUCUAUCAUCAUCUUUACAACUUUUUCAUUCCUUCAAUUCAUAUUGAGCUUGUUCUUUUUUUUUUCUUUUUCCUAUAAAGUGAAAACAUAGGAAUAAUGUAUUCACAAAGUUUAGUUCUUUCACUUUUCAUCAUUUUUGUCUCAUUUGGCUUGUGUUUUGGAUCUUACUUACAAGAAACAAAUCAUCAACAUUACAAUGAGAGGAUGAUGAAGAAAGCUCAUCAUCGAUCUAUCACACCUUCGCGGUCUCAAAAUACGGUUAAUGUAAAGAACUAUGGAGCCAUAGCUAACGAUGGACGAGUUGAUAAUGAGGCAUUUGAAAAGGCAUGGGAUAAGGCAUGUUCUGAAGGGGCUACUCUUGUGGUACCUGAAAAUAGUGUCUAUCAUCUAAAGCCUAUAAUAUUUUCAGGUCCAUGCCAACCCAAAACUGCAUUUAAGAUUUAUGGAACAAUAAAAGCAUGGCCUAAAAGAUCAGCAUAUGGAGAAGAUACAAGGCUAUGGAUUAAGUUUGAUAAUCUCACAAAUUUUAAAGUUGAUGGUGGUGGAACCAUAAAUGGCAAUGGAAAAAUUUGGUGGAAGAAUUCUUGCAAAGUCAAUGAAAGCCUUCCAUGCAUAGGAGCACCAACUGCUGUGACUUUCAGUGAUUGCAACAACUUGAAAGUGGUUAACCUAAGGUUCAAAAAUGCACAACAAAUGCAUGUAGUGAUUCAAAGUUGCAACAAUGUUUUGGCUUCAAAGUUAAUAGUCAGAGCACCAGGGCACAGCCCCAAUACUGAUGGAAUUCAUGUCACCCAUUCACAAAAUGUUGUCAUAAGUAACUGCAUCAUUGGGACAGGUGAUGAUUGCAUUUCAAUUGUAAGUGGGUCCAAAAAUAUUCGUGCUACAGAUAUCAUUUGUGGACCAGGACAUGGAAUAAGUAUUGGAAGCUUAGGAAAAGGUAACUCAGAAGCUGAAGUGACCAAUGUGGAAGUGAAUAGAGCCACACUAAAAGGAACCACUAAUGGAGUUAGAAUAAAGACUUGGCAGGGAGGUUCUGGCUAUGCAAAAAACAUCAAAUUUCACAACAUAGUUAUGCGAAAUGUGACAAAUCCCAUUAUCAUAGAUCAAAACUAUUGUGACCAAAAAGAGGAAUGUCAAGAGAAGGACUCAGCAGUGCAAGUAAGCAACAUUUUGUACCAAAACAUAAAAGGAACAAGUGCCUCAGAAGUGGCAAUCAAACUUGAAUGCAGCAAAGCUAUCCCAUGCAAAGGAAUUCACUUGCAAGAUGUGAUUUUAACACCAGAAGACAAUGAUCACACCAUUGCAAAAUGUGACAAUGUUAGAUAUUCACACAGUGGAAUGUUAAAUCCUAAAUGCCAUCCAUGAAGAAAGAAGAAUCAAAUUAAUUAGGAUUUGUGUAUAUACAAAAUCAGUUAUCAGUUAUUCAGGAUUAGGCACAAAGGCAUACCACAUGUUAGACAAAAACUAUUGAAAAAACAAUUAAAGAAUAAUUUAAACAUAAUAUUGUUUACACUGAUUUUUGACAAACAAUAAAAAAAAUAAAAUUUAGGGUAAUUGUGUGAGAUCAUAUUGUUGAUUUACUCUUGAUUUUUCUUUCUUUUGGUAGAACAAAUUGCAAUCAAAACUCAUUCAUUUGAUCA